AGAACGAUAAAAAUGUCGGAAAGAUCACCACGAUUGCGUGCGCUACGUCCGAGGCCUCAACAACAACAUCAGCAGACAAAGUCCGAAACGUCACCCAGGAGAAGUGAAGUUAAAAAAAAAGAUGGCAAAGAUGAAGAAGAAAUAACAGAGGAAACGACAAAUCGUCGAUAUAAAGAUCGAAAUGUUGAAAUUAAUUCCGAUAGUGAUCAACAUUCUGGAGAAAGUCCCCGAAAAACAAAUAAAAAAGAUAUCAAGGACAUCGUUGAAGAAGAUUCUUCGGGGGAUGAUAAACAAUAUGAAUGCAAAAUUUGUACUCCUCCGAAAAAAUACACUACUCUCAAACUUUACAUGCAGCACUUUAAAGUUGAGCAUGAUAGUAAUAAAAAGUCAAAGGAAGAGAAUAAGGAAAUUCAACUCAAGUCGCAUUUAAGGGGAAAAUUUUUCCGAUGUGUUAAGUGUAACUACAUAACGAAUGUUCGAGCCCGUUUCACGAAACACGUUAAAUAUCAUUCCAUGCCCAUGAUUAAGUGCGAUACUUGCGAUUUUCGAACUCCCUAUAAGUGGAAUCUGGAUCGACAUACUCGCAAUCACGGAGGAGGAGGGGCUUUCCAAUGUCAAGUUUGUAAUUUCACAGCUGAUAUUCGUCAGAGUUUGACAGUUCACGAGACGAAUCAUCACGAACCUCCCGUUGGUACUGCAAAUCGAAAACCAAAUCCUUUUGAUAGAAAGCCAAGAAAUGGUCCCAAACGAUAUAAUCAGGUGGGAGCCAGUGAUUAUCGAGAAUCAACAUUCAGGUCAAAUGAGAAUCCUACUCUACCAAAUGCAAUAAUAUCUCCUGCCCCAAAUCCUGUGGAAAAUGUGCCAAGAAAUGAAGAGGUAGCUGACGCGUCAGGAGCAGAGUGUAUAUCGUUAAAGUGUGACGAAAAGGGUUGUCAAUUUAUCACUGCUUGGGAUUCGGAAAUGCAGAGACAUUUAUCAGAAUGCCAUGGUUCCGGAGUUUCGGCAAGCAAGCAAAAGAAACCUUUACCAAUGUUAAUUCCCCUCAGUCCUGCAAAUGUCGCUCCGAAGACAAAUAAUUUAUCGCCUAAUGAAUCGCCUGCAACUCUUUUAAAAGUACCUCGAGUACGAGUUCGACCAGAACUUGCUCAAAUUGCCAGGGAUAAUGAAUUGGCAAAACUUCAAGCUACCAAGAUAGCAGAAGUGAAGAGAGACUUGGGAAAUAACAGUUCACUAUCGUUUCGUCCUAUUGAUUCUUUCGAAAGAAAAAAUGCUUCUUUUUUCGAUAAAUUAAAGGAGAGACUUUCCUCGACAACUGUAAGCAAUGUCAUUCCAGAAAUUGCAGUCACAACUAUCAAUGAUCUUAAGUGCUGGUGCACUUUUGAAGCCUCGAAUUUCGAGGAAUUAAAUCAACAUAAAAAAACUCAUCACACUGCCCUUAGUGUUUCGACGGGUGUCUCUAGAUGUCCGAAAUGUAGAAGGAGAUGUAAAAGUUCCAAUGAUCUGGAAGCUCAUAUACGUCUCUGUCAUCCAACAGAAAGUAGUCAAAAUAAUUCAACAGAAACUUUAGAAAAUGAUGAGGCAAAUUCAGAUCAACAAUCUGCUUCCUUCCGUGGAGAAUAUUCAUUCCCAGCCCAAAUGGAUUGGGAUUCAAAUUACGGAGAAAUGAGUUCAUAUGGGAAUUCGGUCGAGAAUGUUUCUGCAAAUUCAAGCCGGCGCAGAGUAUUCAAAUGUCCUCAUUGCCCAUUCUGGGCUUCCACAGCAAGCAGGUUUCAUGUGCACAUUGUUGGUCAUUUAAACCGAAAACCGUUUGAAUGCUCGCUGUGCGCCUACAGAUCAAACUGGCGAUGGGAUAUCACAAAGCAUAUCAAACUAAAAGCAGCAAGAGAUCCAGCACACGUGAGUGCUCGGGUUCUCAUGACUGACGAAACAGGUCGACGUAAUUACUCCAAGUACAACAAGUAUCUUACUCAGGUGGGAGGGAACAACUUGGGCGAUCAAGGAAUAGAAGAACUGAACGUUGAAGAAGAAGACCGUUUGUCGAAUUUGAUGACAAAUUCCAAGAAUUACCUGCAACCACCCGAAUUAACACCAGCACCUGUCGCUGCUUUGAACAAUGAUGCGAGUACCGAGGGACCUUCAAAUGUCCCCUUGAGACCUCCUCCUCCUUUAAAAGCUGCUAAUCGAAACCAGGGUUUUUCUUUGCUCAGAAAAAAUUCAACCUCACCAACUAGUUUAUCACGUUCCAUUACCCCUGUAUCUUUAUCUUCAGGAAUGGAUGAGCCAAGAAGAACCGCGUGGAAGUGUAAACGAUGCAAUUUUAAAGAUUCUGACAGAUCCGCCGUUUUGCAACAUGUAAAACUCCAUCAUGGACAUCCUUCCGAUGCGACAACGGAAGAUAAGAAUCCUUUUGGCUGCGGAGAUUGUCCAUUUUCGGCACCGGAUUCGGCAAGUUUGGCUUUACAUCGAAUGCACCAUCGUCCAAAUCAGGAAGCUAUAUUCAAAUGCUACUUUUGCCCUUAUUACGUCACAACAAAGACAGAACUUUUGGAACAUUCAAGACUUCAUGGAGAAGAUCUAGCAACUGUGCAUCAAAAUAAUGUGGAACCCGAAUCGUAUCCAGUCACUGCACGAAAACAAAUACAUCCAACUAUAGAUAAUGCAAGUAGAAGCUCUAAGGACGAUUCAUUUCAAGAACGGAGCUUAUUGUCGCCAACAACAUCGACAGCGUCAGGUGCGAGCCUUUACAAAAAUCCUGAAGUGCCUUCUCUCCUUCUUGACACUCGUGAACUCCCAGAUGCGCCGUUGGUUUGGGUCUCUCGUCCAGAUGGUGUAAUUGCCAAAAUGUUGAAAUGCCGCCAUUGUCCGUACGUUUCUCAACGUAGAGCAGAAGUUCUCGAUCAUGAAACGAUGCACGCAAACUCUGCACUUCCUGGACCAUUUAUGGAGUGUCCACAGUGCAGUUUCUCCUGUACACGCACCGACAUCAUGGAAAGUCAUUCGGACAUGCAUAAAGGUUCUCUGGGAACAGUCCACUGUCUCGUUGAUGACUCCCGUCCUGAUUCGCAGCAACUCAAUGACCUGGCAACGCUUCUUGGCCUGUCGAAGCCGCCCGCUAUGGGUGCCGAACCAGAUCUAGAAGACUCUCGACUUGUGCAUUGUUGCAGCAAGUGUCCCGCUCGAUUUCUUUGCGAAAAGGAACUCAGGAUUCACUUCAGAUAUCAUUCUACGGAACUGGCCUACAACUGUCAAUGGUGUUCUUAUGCAGCGAGGCAACCCGCUCACUUACUUUCUCAUCAGAAAGCUCAUGCUCCGGAGUAUCAGGAACGAACUCGGUAUUUACUGUCAAUUUACGGACAUUCGCAAAGGCAUCCACCGCCGACGACUGCUUGCAUAGAAGCUGGGGGACAGGAAUCAAGUGACGGCAAUUCUCAACGAGUUGCUUGGAUCGUUGUCGAGGUUCCAACAACGUCUGAACAGAAUUUUGGAAAUAGCGUUUUAAACAACAGUCCUCGACCAGCAAAUCAGGUCUUCACUUGUGCCAAGUGUCCAGCUCGUUACUUCAAACUUGACGCCUUGGAAUAUCACAUGACUCUUCACGGCUCUAACAAUCGGUUCAAAUGCUCCGAGUGUGAUUAUUCUUCAAAAACAGCCCAAAAUCUUGUCAAACAUCAAGUAGUUCAUCGUCGUCACACAGAGGCAACAAAUGCAAAUAUUUCUGCCCGAAUUCCUCCUCCAGAUCCUCAAUUUGGAACUUUCAUGCGUGGAAAUCCAAACUUUGUUUAUCCGGGAUACUUACGUAACGGUAGACUAAAGGAAAAGCGUUACAAAUGCCAUAAAUGUCCUUCUGCUUUUGAAAAGCGAGAACAGUACCGCGUGCAUCUGGGUCUGCACGGUGCUAAGCAACGCUACUGCUGCGGCUUCUGUGAUUAUUCCGUUAAAUAUUACGCCAAUUAUGUUCAGCACCUCAAGAAACACGAAGCGAACGCUCUCGCGCAGGCAGAGAAGCGCCAAGAAGACAUUGAAACCAUAUCUAUAGAAAAUGAUACAGACGAGGGCUUAUUUAGUGGGCGAUGUGGAAAAUCCUUAAAGAAACCCCGCGUUUCUAGUCCAGUGCAAUCUCAAAAUAUUCCUCUCCAAACCUCAAAUCAAGACAAACAAUCUGUGAUGUUGAUGCAAAGGAGAGAAAUACAAGCAUCAAUGGAAUCUGAACCAAAAUUUCGCUGUCUCUCCUGUCCCUUCUCUUCGAAUGACAAGGAUGCCAUGGAUGCACACAAAAGGCGUCAUGGCAUUGACAGAAUGAUGCCAUCUUGCCCUCACUGUGAUUAUGUCCCAAAGAAGGAAGAAAACAUUGCAGAGCACAUCAAGUUACACUUCACGAGAAUGUUCAAACCGGAGUCUUACCUUGUUGUCGAACUUGUCUCCCUUUCUAUGCAGAAAUCCAAUGAUGUCAAAAAGAGCAAUAUGGAAAAAGAGAUAAUAUUUCAAGAAUGUUCCGACGGAAAGUAUCUCCCAUCACUUGAAUCAUCCGCCGUCUUAAAUUCUCCCAAUCCAAGUGGAACCCAAGAGAAAAUGAUUGUUGAUCCACGAACGGGAGAGGUGAGACCUCAGCGUAACAACGUGUAAAAGUAAAGUUAGUUUUGUACAUAAAUAUUAUGACAGUGGCUAGAUAAAUACUUUAAAAUUUACUUUUUCAAAUCAGUAUUAUAAAUAUUGAAAAAUGUAUUCCCUUUUUCUUGAUUCGUGAUGUUGUUCUCGAACAACAAAUUAUCACAACUUUCUAUUUGUGUGUAAA